GUACGUAAUACUCGCACUCAGAUUCAGCGUCCAGUCAAGAUGGCGGGUGUUCUAUGGCUGGUGUUCCUGUCGGUCGUGUUGCCGAUCUCCCGAGCGGACGAUCGGCCCAACUUCGUGUUCCUCGUCGCCGACGACGUGGGAAUCGGAGACAUCGGCUGCUUCGGAAACGACACGAUUCGGACCCCGAAUAUCGACAGAAUCGCUGCUAACGGUGCUAAGUUGACCCAGCACCUGGCCGCCGCUGCCGUCUGUACCCCCAGCAGGUCAGCCUUCCUGACUGGACGCCUUCCCGUCAGAUUUGGAAUGGCGGGAACGGAUCAACCUUUGGCUUACGUAUUCCUGGCUGCGCCAUCCGGGCUACCAAGGUCAGAGGUCACUUUCCCUCAGAUGGCAAAGGAUCAUGGGUACCAAACAGCACUGAUAGGAAAAUGGCAUCUUGGUCUAAACUGCAAAUGGGUAGGGGACCACUGCCACCACCCCAACAAGUUCGGGUUCGACUACUUCUACGGAAUCCCUGGUUCAAACGCUCCCGAGUGCGACCCGGACAGUGUGACUGCUGGAGCCACGGGAAAAUAUGCUGCGGAUAGGACCUAUACUCGGUUCCGUGUAUGGGAGGUAGCGGUCAGUGUUUUCCUUGGCCUUUUGGCGCUCAAAUAUUUCCAGUACAUCCAGUGGAAAACCGUUAUUGUGCUCUCUGUGAUUGGUUGGUCAGCUGUGAUAUCUAAUUAUGCCUUUUGGGCGAACGGUACACAGUUUAACUGCGUCAUGAUGAGAGAUGAUGACGUCAUAGAGCAGCCAUACGACGUAUCUACCCUCACUCCCAGAAUGACUCUCGAAGCCGUCAAGUUCCUUGAAGAAAGGAAAGCAAAGAAGGAACAGUUCUUGCUGGAAGUCUCCUACUGGAACGCGCACACCGCCCUUUUACCUUAUAAGGAAUUCCGCGGGAAAAGCCGACACGGUCUCUAUGGCGACACCAUGGAGGAGAUGGAUUGGAGCAUCGGGGUUGUCAUGGCAACUUUAGAGAGGCUGGGUUUGACCAACAACACCUUUGUGUACUUCACGUCUGACAACGGCGCUCAUAUGGAGAUAGGAGAUGCUGGAGGGUCGAACGGUAUUUAUAAAGGUAGUAAGGGACAAGGAGGGUCCGAAGGAGGAAUCCGCAUGCCCACAGUCGUGCAAUGGCCAAGAAAAAUCAAGCCCGGUACUAUAGUAACAGAGGCCACCAGCCAGAUGGACAUUUUCCCCACGGUAGCAGACAUCCUCAAGGCCCCACUUCCCCAGGACAGGGUGAUGGACGGGCGGAACAUCCUGCCGUUGCUAGGCGGGGCCAAGCAACCGUCUCCACACGACUUCCUGUUCCACUACUGCGGGAAUAUUCUGCAUGCUGUAAGGUACAGACCAAGGAAAGGAAAAGUGACAUGGAAAGCUCAAUUCGCUACCUACCCCUGGCUGCCUGGUACAACACACUGCAGUGUCGACCAACUCGCUUGCUUCUGUGGCACCCAAUGGGGUGUCACGUUCAACGAUCCGCCAUUGCUGUAUGACAUCACUAACGACCCUACAGAAGACCGACCAAUCAGCGCCGACUCUAACCCGAAGUACCAAGAAGUUCUUAACGUCAUCACAAAAGCUGUUAAAGAACACAAGCAAAGCUUGACUAAAGUAGAUAAUCAGUUCACGAUGCCACGUUUCUUCCCUCGUCCUUGGCUGCAGCCAUGUUGUAACUUUCCCUACUGCAACUGUCGGGAAGGCGUUGAUUUGUCCCCCCUUAAAAUCACUGUCAAAUAAUGAUAAUGAUAUUUAAGGGGGAAUUCUAUCGUAGGCUGUUUCAUUCCAAAAUGUGCCAAAUUCCUUCAAGUACAAACGCUCACGUUUGAAUGCUGUUUAGAAAGUAUAGUACGAUUUCUGAUCACCAUUGUUAGUACCAAGUUAGAAAGUCUAAAUGUCUUUUUUUUUUCGAAUUCUGCCUGGAGACAACGUCUAAUGAACUGUGAUCGGCUCAGCUCUACUUUAGAUUUGCAAAAUAUUGAUACUUUGGAAACUUGUUUUUCAAUCUUAACUCAUGGCAAAUGUUGAAUAUGCCAAGUGAUAUCAAAUUAAUGAAUGAUUUAUGUUAAAUUAAUUGUAUGAAUAAAUAAAGGUUCAAGCUGAAGAAUAGUAUGUAUAUGCAAUACGCUAGACAUCCAAAAAUUGUUGAAGUGUUAAAGAUACUGCUAAAUGUAAUUUUUCAAAUUGAAAUUAAAACUAGUCGAUAAAACCCAUUCAAAGAA